UACAAUAUAGAACGAAAGUUGGAAGGACACAACACUACAAUGGCAAGAGCCUCUGGUUUGGUUUUGAUGGUUUGCCUGGUCCUUGUAGGACUGGCAAUGUCGUGGAGGAGCGUGGAUGCAAGUGGUGAGCAGGAGUUGAGUUGGAUGGCCAUCAAAGGACGUUGCCAAGGAUCCAUAGCUGAGUGCAUGGCUAAGGAUGAAUUUGAAAUGGAUACUGAGAUCAACCGCCGUGUAUUGGCCACAACACAGUACAUAAGCUAUGGAGCGCUGCAGCGAGACACUGUGCCUUGUUCUCAAAGGGGUGCUUCCUACUACAACUGCCAAACUGGUGCGGAGGCUAACCCCUACGAUCGUGGCUGCACCGAAAUUACGCGUUGCCGUAGUUAAGUUGCUUGUUUUCUGUGUCUUAUAUCAUAUUUGCUUUUCAUUUGUAAAAUAGAAUUAGUAGAAUAAUUAAGAGGAUUUAGUAACUCCUGGAUGGAAGAAUAUGUACUCACAUGGUGUCUCUCCAUUACUGUCAUGCCCAAAUGACUGUUUCUAUUAUUUGUUCAGACUUUCUUUUCUCUUUCUA